CAAAACCGCCAACAACUUCCCAGGAAGUGUUUAUCACUGACUGCUGCCAACAUGGAUUUAACAAACCAGCAAACCAGAGUCUCGUGAAUUACAUCUCAUUCGCUGACCUCUCUGUAGUUUCUUUUACAGACGUGCUUUGAAUCGUAAUUUCCCAAACAGUUCAUGGCCGUUUUCGUUGUUCAGUGAGCGUUGAGGCUAAGCUAAGCUAAGCUAAGCUAACUGUACACAGUGUUGUGUUUGUGAUAUGAGUCGGUCAGCAGCCUGUUAUUGAGGAUGUACACUUUAUUAUCGGGUCUCUAUAAAUAUAUGUUUCAAAAAGACGAGUACUGCAUCUUGAUCCUCGGUCUGGACAAUGCGGGAAAAACGACGUUUCUGGAGCAAACCAAAACAAAAUUCAGCAAAAACUACAAGGGCAUGAACCUCUCGAAGAUCACCACCACAGUCGGCCUCAACAUCGGCACCAUCGAUGUGGGAAAAGCCCGUCUGAUGUUCUGGGAUCUCGGAGGACAAGAAGAGCUGCAGUCUUUGUGGGACAAGUACUACGCAGAGUCCCAUGGAGUCAUCUACGUCAUCGACUCCACCGACGAGGAGCGCCUGGGCGAGUCCAAGAACGCUUUCGUCAUCUUCAGAGACCUCACGGUGAACGAAACACCAGUCGGACGAUCAGGCUUUAUCUCUGUCUUUCGUACAGAGAAGAUGAUCAGCAGUGAAGUUCUGGAAGGAGUUCCUCUUCUUGUGCUGGCCAACAAGCAGGACGUUGAGAACUGUCUGUCUGUGCCCGACAUUAAGACGGCUUUCAGCGACUGCGCUCCCAAGAUCGGUAAAAGAGACUGUCUGGUGCAGCCCUGCAGUGCUUUAUCAGGGCAGGGUGUGAACGACGGCAUCGAAUGGAUGGUCAAAUGUGUGAUCCGGAACAUUCACCGCCCGCCCAGACAGAAAGACAUCACAUAGAGCGCUCUGUGUGUGUGUGUGUGUGUGUGUGUGUAGUGUUUUCUGUAAACUCAAAGAGUGUGUGCAGUCGUCAUAGCACAUGUAAGUUAUGACAUUUGGGUGAUCCUCAUCUCGCCUGUGACGCUGCAGACAUUGUAGAUAUUCUUUACUGACACUAGUUUUGUUUUCCGAUGAGUUUUUAUGUUCUCUGCUAAAAAUCACCUUCGUUUCUAAACGGAACGCAGAUGGCAUUUCACGAGGAGCUGUUUCUAAGACCCAAACGAAUCAAACGCCGGUUUCUAAUCACUCACUGAUUCUAUAAUAAAGAGCAGAGAUGGAAAAGAAA